AGGCGCGAGGGAUGGCAGGCAAUGGACGCUCAGCCUUACCGUCCAGCGGCUCCUACACCACCCAUCGCUCUUAAAUGUCAGGAUUAUUCUCACUCUACGCAUCCCGACACGUAACUGGUACAUGUGUGUGAGAGCGGAGCAGCUACUUUUGCCCUAGGGCCCAGUUAGUGGCGUAUCCUGUUAUUAGCCUUUCUGCAUGGCUUCCAGCAAUGAAACUGAUUCUCCUUGUUGACCAGGAAUUAUCAUAGAAAGCACCAGAUCAUGUGAUUCUAUAUCAUGCUCCCAAGCCUGUCAAGAAACCAAGAGUUGUAGCUCAAUAUUCACAACCAUUUGUGAGUGAAAUUCCAGAAUAUAUACUGACAUACAAGAGGAAGACAAACGCAGAUCAGUUAAACCCCAAAGAUGGAUAGAUCCAAUGGAAUGAUGCCCAGGGGUAGGAGUUUUAGAAGUAGGGGAGGCUUCAGAGGUGGGCGAGGUGGAGGCUAUGAAGAAAGGGGGGGUUUUAAAGGAGGAAGGGGCUCUUAUGAUAGUGGAAGGGGAAGUGGAUAUAGAGGAGGAAGGGGAACUGGGGCAAGAGGCAGUAGCUAUAAUACAGUCCGAGGGAGCAGUUAUAGUACUGGCCGAGGCAGUAGUUACAGUGCAGGCAGAGGCAGCAGCUAUACUGGAGGAGGAAGUGGUGGGUAUAGUGAAGCAAUGGAUAGUGGUUAUGAAGUAGGAUCCAGUGGUGGUUACAGUGGAGGAAGGGGAGGUGGUUAUCCUGGAAGCAGAGGUGGUGGCUAUGCUGGAGGAAGUAAUUACAGUAACUAUGUUGAAGAUCAGAGUAGCAGUUAUGGAGGUUAUGCUGAGCCGAGAGAUGCAGACUACAGCUACAGUGGCUAUGAUGUGAGAGAACCUAGUUAUACUGGAUAUAGUACUGAACGAGCACCUGCAUACACUGGCUAUGAAGAUACAAGGAGUGGAUAUGCAAGCUACAGUGACAAUCGAGGAAGUGGUUAUGCUGGAUAUGAGGAUAGAAGCAAUUAUGCUGGAUAUAUGGAGGAGAGGGGUGGAGGCUAUGGUAAUUAUGAGGCAGAGAGAGAGAGUGGCUAUAGUGGAGGCAGAGGUACUGGUUACAUUACUGGAAGACCUAGAGGUAGCCGGUAUACUGCAAGCAGAGGAACAAAUUACAGUGGAGGCCGAGGUGGCGGUUUUGAAAGUAACAGGGGUGGAAAAACUACUUUUGAUGGGACACGUGGUGCAGUAAGAGGAGUUCGGGCUCGAGGCGGAAGAGUCAACGUAAGGGGAGGGAGGGGAGGCUUCGAUGGAGGCGGCGAAUUUGAUCCGGCUCGAGGGGGAAUAAGAAGAGGUAGGGUGAGUUAUGAAAGAGGCAGAAGUACUUUCAGGGGAGUGAGAGGUACUUUCGAUGGAACUAGAGGAAUUGCCAGGGGAGGCAGAGGUGCGUAUUCAAGUGGCCGAGGUAGUAUGAUGGAGUACACAAACGACUUUUCCAGGGGAAGAGGGUUUAUAAGGAGAGCACGUGUUAUUAGGGGAAGUGGAGCUAUCUCAAGAGGGAGAGGCAGCACAAGGGGAGGAAGAGCUAUGGUUAGGGGCGCCCGUGGUGGAUAUCCAGGAGUUGCAUCUUGGGUACAAGGCUAUGGUUAUCAAGAUGGAUCAGUGCAAGCAGAACCUCAAAAGGACAAUUGCGUUAUUUACCUGAAUUUCCCCGGUGCCAUCACUGAAAAGGGUGUUGCUGAUUUAAUGGCAUUUGGAAAGACUGCAACAACAAUGCACUUUGGAUGGAAGUGCUGUUUAACAUAUGAAUCGGAAGCCAAAGCAAUAGAAAUGGAAGCAAAGAUAGCAGAGAUGGAAAUUAACGGUCAGAAGCCAAAUAUCGACACAUCACAUCGUAAGACAACGGCUACAGAGCCAGCAAAGCGUAAUUCAAGUGGUGAAGCAGAAACAUCUCCAGCCAAGAAAAAGAAAGUUGAAGAUGAAGGCAGCGCCGAAAAAAUGGAUGAAGAUAAAGAGAAAUCGGAAGCUGAAGAGGUUGAUAUGGUUGAGGCGAGUGGUGGUAAUGAUGGAGGGGAUGAAGGACAAAGUGCAAAUGAAAAUAACGAGGAGUGCGAACCAGAAAAUGAAAAUAUGGAAACGGAAAGUGGUGUUGAAGUUGGUGCUGAGUAGCUUAUGGCUAGAACUUUUUAAGGAUAUUUUAUAUUGCAGUAUGAUGGAUUGAUAAUUUGAAUGUAGUGAUGCUAAGAUUUUUUAGAUGUAAGAAUAGAGGACGUGUUUUUGCAAAGUAUGACUUUUGGAGAUUCCAAAUGUUUUAAUGUGUAAUUAGAAUAUUGGAAUAUAUAGUUAAGAUAACAAUUAAAUAAAAAAUGUAACUUUUUUCA